AUGAAUCAACAAUUUACCGGCAUGAGCCAGCGUGGUUUCCGAGGACGUGGUGGUUAUAGACCCCACUAUGAAGAAGGUUAUCAAAAUUUUAAUAAUAAUUAUGGUUAUAAUAACAACAACGCCCCACCUCAAAACAAUAAUCAACCAAGAGGAAGAGGACGACCAGGACGUGCUGCAAAACAACGUUCCAAUCAGCGAAUGGAGAAUUUUAGAGACAAACAGAGUACAAGCCGUCAUGAAGCGACGCGCGAAUCAAUAAAAGACGAGCUCUUCGCAGGUGUCGAAGAUGAAUUCAAUCGUCUUGCGGAACAGCAGACAAUGCAAGCUAAUAUGCUUUCAGUCACUAGCCGCGGUAUCUGGUUUGGAACUACCCAUCUUACUUAUGUUGCUACCCAGUAUUCCGACAAUAUCCGUAUACCUAACAUUUAUUCACAGUAUCGAGCUUAUCUCGCACUAUUCGAAACGAAAGUGAUGGAUUUGAUACCACACUAUCCCAUUCUACCUAGAUUUAUGAAUGGCCUUCCCCUCACUGCCACAGCGGCCAGGUCGGACUCCUAG